ACAUCAUUCAUUUUAUUUCACAAAGAUCUACAAACUAUCCCUCUUUCUUUCUCUUGUUCUCAAAGAAACUGAACGCCCUCUCUUCUCCGAUUCCGAUCAUGGCCGACGCCGUCGAACCAUCAACGUCGGCGCGAGACACGAAUCCGAGCACCGUGAUCCAUCCACGGCGGGAGCCUUUUGAGCACGGCCUUCUUCCGAUUCCAAAGCUUAUCUUCACCGACCCUAUCCAAGCUCUAACUCCUCUCAAGCAGAAACUCGCGUCAUCCUCGUCCUCGAGUCACCGAGUCGACUUGGCCGCGCUCGUGGACGCCCUCCAGAUCUCGCCGGACCAUGCGCGCCUCGUCCUUGACACCAUCGCGUCUGUCCUCCACUCUGAAUCUGACCCUCUCGUUAGGGCUGGCCCUGCCGAGGUUGAUUCUGUCGGUGCUGAUUUGCGUGAUCUGAUACUGUUUCUUUAUAUUCAGUCGUAUAAGAAGCUUUUACCCCGCUCGCAUAAGGACGCGGCCUCUGUGGCUGAUGUAUGGCCAUCCACGUCUGCAUUCGAUGGUUACUUGUCGGCACUCUCGCCUUUGCAGUUUGUUCGUAGCAAUAGCCGCCGGUCUACGCCAUCACAGGCUGAUGAGGAGGCUCAUCAGUUAUCCUACCUGCAAAAGCACUUGGCUAACAUUCUCUCUCUUUUGGCAGAGCCUGUGGAGGGGGAGGGGGAAGAGUCCCUGGUUCUAACCAUGGAAGGAUUUGAACACCUUGGGUUUCUGCUUCAAUUUGGUGAUAGGGGAUCUGAAGUAAUUCCUUUAAGCCAAGCUGCUCCAUUUUUUGCAAAUUCAGAUCCAGACAUGCCAGCUGUUCCUGUUCCUGCUGCACAAGCUCAUGAUUGGCUUCUACAGAAUAUAGCUUCUGCUUUGGAACGUAUUACUGAAAGAAUUUCUGCAAAAGAAAAUGGGCCUUUGAGUGGGUCUGAUCAGGAUGUUGCUAUGGCCGAUGCUUGUCCAAGUGCAGUCAAGGCCUUACCAAGUUCUAGGGGUCCGUGUUUGAUUGAGGGGAUCUCCAAAUCAUCCUAUGUAAAGCAAUCACCUGAUCUUAAAGGUUCUUCUGUGAAGGUGAUUAAUUGCCAUGAUUCUGUUAUUUACAUUUUAGCGCCUAUGAGAUACGCCACUGUCUAUGGAUGCUCUGAUACUACUAUAGUUCUUGGAGCUGUUGGGAAGGCUGUAAGAGUGGAACAUUGUGAACGUGUUCAUGUGAUUACAGCAGCAAAACGAGUUUGCAUUGCCAAUUGUCGAGAAUGUGUGUUCUUCUUGGGAGUAAACCAGCGACCACUUAUGGUUGGUGAUAACCAUAAGCUACAAGUGGCACCGUAUAACACAUUUUACCCUCGGUUGGAGGCAGACAUGACUGAAGUUGGCAUUGAGGCAAAUAUCAACAGAUGGGAUGAACCUUUGGCACUGGGAGUGGUUGAUCCACAUGAUUCUUUGUCUCAUCCUGCAGGGGUCUCAGAUGCUCAAGCUGAGUCAGCUGCACGCGUAGACCCUGAUCAAUUUACUAAUUUUCUGAUUCCAAACUGGUUUGAAGGUGCAGAGCCUGGGUCUACAAAAGAUAACCCAUUUCCACUGCCAGAUCUGUAUUUGGCAUCUCAGCAAAGAAAUCAAAAGAAUUUAGAAGAGAUAAAGCAGAUGUUGAGGGAAGCACCAAUUGAAGAAAAUCGAAAAAAAGAAUUGUCAUCUGCCCUCCACGUAUACUUCAAAGACUGGUUGUAUGCUUCGGGAAAUAUCCGUCAGCUUUACUGUCUACAAGGUGAAUGAUGCUCAAUGGUGAGACUCUGCAUGUUGAACUGUAGCAUAUAAGGAAGCUUUUUGGUUUUUCUUCCUUUUUUCGAUCCAUGCCAAGUUCCUCUAGCAAUUUCUGUGGGUACUACAGGCAGCCGAGAAUCACCCCCAUGUACUUCGGAUAUGGUACAAAAUUUUUCUGGAUUGACACUGGUGCACAGAAUGCCAUCGGAGAAAUAUUUGCUAAUCUUAAUGUAAUAUUUUUUGAAUGAACAGAAGGAAAUAAUCUCAUUGUAAUAUUUAUUAAUCUAGGUCUGCAAUCUUGUGAGUUUCACAUCCCACGAUCUAGCUUAUGUUAGAUUUAAAUUUUGAGAACCUCUUUUUGUUCGUUUUGACCAUAAGGUGGUUGUUAGAGUGAACUUGUUUCUAAUCUCUGUCUGGAAUUUGAUGUUAUUUGAUCUUAAGGUAAGAUUCGAAAAAAGAAUCUACAUUUUAUUCCCCAUUUCAUCAUAGCAUGAAAUAUUCAAUUUCA